AUGGCGUCCGCCAAGCUCGUCGCGCCCAUGGUGGCAGUGUGCGCGUUGAUCGCAGUGCUGCUCGUGGCAGCCCCAUGGCAUGUGGAGAGUGCUGCGAUUGCCUCUGAAGGCUCGUCGCCCUCCCCGUCUCCCGCGAAGAAGUCGAAGAAGGGUUCAAGCGCGCCGGCCACCUCCCCCCCUCCUCCUACCAAGUCGGGGAAGAAGGGUAAGGGCUCCGACGUUCCCGCCUCUCCCCCUCCGCCAACCACCACCGGAAAGAAGGGGAAGAAGGGCGGAAGCGGUUCCACUCCCGCCACUCCCGCCACUCCCCCGCCAACUACCACCGGAAAGAAGGGCGGACACAAGAACUGGACCGCCCCUGCCACCCCCACCCCUGCCGUUCCCGCGCCUGCUACGAGCGGAAAGAAGGGCGGAAAGAAGGGCGCCAACUCCGGCGCUGGCGCUGGCGGGUCCACGCCCGUGGUGGUGAGCAAGGCGGACCUGAAAAUCCAGGCGUCGCUCAAGACGGCCGCCGGCGGCGUGCAGAAGGCGGCGGACACGCUGGGCGCGAAGCACAAGUACUACGCGAGCCUGACGGCGACGGUGCAGGCGCUGACGAACGCUGGCAUUCUGAUCGACGAGGGGCAGCGCACGCUCGUGCAGGGGCAGAUCGCCAACGCCGUUUCCACCAUCGACGGCGUCUCCGUUAUGCUCGACCCCGUUAACGACAAGAAGGUUCUCUCGCAGCUCGCGUCCGCUAAGGCCACCGCGGAGGCCGCUUCGAAGGCCUUCAAGCCAUAG